CGUUGUGGGCGGGACGCAGUUGAAUACGUCCUGGAGACCAUCCACCAUCCGACUUGUUUUGCAAUUGACUGGCACGGUAAGGUAGUCUCUGGGCUGAGAAAUCGACUGAUCUGAUUCUAGAAGAAUACACAUACCGCCGUUGACAGACAUUCCUGGCGAGCGAAAACAAGGAAUGAAGCUUAUUUCACAAUGGAUGCUCCGAAGUGGAAUAUUGAAUCUCGUCACAAUGGCUCAUCACAAGGUGGCAUAGUUUAAUUCACCAGCAUUUAAUUCCUUGGGUGCGUGCGAUACUUAGGACAGCAGAAUGGAUGACACUGCCGUUGACAAACAUUUCUCGCAAAGCGGAAUUGAGGAAUGGUCUGUAAUUCUUUUGCGAUCGCUAGUCAGAUUCUACAAAGAGACGUCCUCAUAUCGACCGUCGAAGUGUGGAAGUCACUGUCAAGAAAUCUUAAUAGAAAGAUCCUCACAUAGUAAGCCCAUCGACAAACAUUCCUGGCGGACGAAAACAAGAAAUGAUGUUAACUCCUUUUGCAAUAGUUAGUAUGUACCAAAUCUCCAACAAAUCUCA